AUGCACCUUCCUUCUUCCCUACGUGAUCGUUCAUUCUAUGCCAAAUUUUACAGUCGUCAUCCAUCUGAAAUCGAAAUCAUCGACAAAACACAACCACCAUCAUCUGCUCUACGAACAUUAUCCCAAAGUCCAACAACAAUUAUACCAAUAUUGUCAGAUGUGACAUCCAGUCAUACUUCAGGCUUUUUCUCAUCCUCAGAUUGUUCAUCAUCAGAGUCGACUAGUUCACAUACGAGACGUCGACGGACAACUGCACCCACCAUACAGGAACGUUUAAAUACAUAUGAAUCUGCAUGCAUUCGUCCGAAUCUACCGUUACCAUCAUCACCGUCGAGCAAACAGACAACUCCAUCAAUUCCGAACCUCUCAUCUCCAUCUCUAGUCAAUCCAAUUAACUCUCAACAAACAAAAAAUCCAAUGAAUUUAACCAAGAAUGAUCCAUCUAAAUCUAAUGUACCUGUACAAGACAAUUCAUCAUCAUCAUCAUCAUCAUACUCAUCAUUGUCACCAUCGUAUUCGAUUGUCAAGAAUAAAACAACAUCAUUAGAUUCAUCUAAACGAUAUCUAUCAAAAUCGACAAGUCAACUCUGUGACCAAUCAUUAAAUCAUAUUAAAGACGAUCAGGGAUCUUCAUCUUCAUCGUCGAGGAAUAUUCUCGAUGUAAUACAAGAAGAACUAUCAGAAAUUCGUCGCGCUGAUCAUGAUUUGAAAAAAAUGUUUCUUUCAAUUUACGGUAAAAUUCAGAAUAUUCAACAGAUCAAGUCCAAUCCAGUAUAUCCCCAAAAAGGUCAACGCUAUCAUUAUCUGCGUUCUGAACGACCUUCACGUUUAAUCACACAUUGCUGCUAUUCGAGUAACAGUGAUAUUCGUCGAUCAAGUUGUACUCACCUUAAUCGAAAAUAUGCACUUCAUUCCGCUGUUGUACUACGGAAUCGUAUGAGCAAUUCGCGCGUCACAUCAACAGCAGACAACGACAGUUAUGUCGAUACAGAUUCCUUGUCUUCCUCGUCUGAUAGUGGGACAUGUAACUCAUCCGUCGAUAAUGUACCUUGUGGUGAUGCAUGA